GACCGACUCGCGACGUGGCCAGGACUGCGGGUUUCUAUGUCGCCAUUGCGACGUGGCAAGGACUGCAGUGACGUCGCCGCAGACGCCUAGACGCUGCCCGAAAGCUCGCGAACGCAGCCCGGAGAGCCCGGCGCAUGGACAUGGCCCGCGUCCUGCCGGCCGAGGCUGGCCCUACGCCCAGCGCCGCCGAUCUGGAGGCCUACGACGCAAUACUGGGCAAUGCUGCUCGGUUAACGUUCCGGAUGGUGCAACACGUCCACCAGGGAAAAGUCACGACGUUUCGCGUCGACGCGGACGGUACGAAGGACGCGUUCUCCAUUCUCGUCAACCACGACCGCGCGCGGCCCGGGGAAAACCUGGCCAACAACGAGCCGUUCGGCGCCUUCGUCGCGGACGUCGUACUAGGAGACGGGUCCGACAACCGCGUCGUGCAGACCAUCACGUGCUCGGGCCAGAUGGACUGGAAGGAAUUUAUGUACAAUAAGAAGUCCUGCCCCCCGGUCCAAUCGAUGGACCGCGGCGACCAGCUCACGCUUACGAGCGGCUCCCCGGGCGGCGCGACAGGCGCGUGUGGGUGUCCCAAGUGUGACAAGGAGAUCGAGUACAAGGUCGAGCGGUCGAGCGGCGCGUCCACCCGGCUCUUCGCGUCGAAGGAGCGGAACGAGGCGCAGUGCCGGCGCGCGUGGUGCGAUUGUCUUUGUUGGAUCACGUUCUUUGGUCCGAUCUGCUUGAGCGUGUGCUGCGCGCACCCCGACUGGCACUACGAGCUCCAGGACGCGUCGAACGCGCCUCUGGGGGGCGCGUCCUUCACGCACAAGCAGUUCACGUGCUGCUACAACGAAUGCUGCGCGAAAAACCAGCCGCAUAAGUCCUUCGCAGACCUCGGAUCCGCGCCGCUCGCGGCGCGCCGGGACCUCGUCGCCAGCGUCGCCAUGAGAAUCGGCAGCAUCCUCGCGACGCCGGCAACGGGGUAAUCGCUUCGCUCGCACGCAACAAUUCGCUCGCGCAUAACAUAUCCCGUCGAUGGGAUACGGGAUAUGUUACGCAUCUACGAAGUAAACUUAAUUUUAAUCCAAG